CUACUCUGUGCGUUACUAAACGAAAGUAAAUCUGUCAGUUAUAUCGAUUGUACAAUCGUUUUCGUAUCCACAUCACAUUGCGGAAUGUGGAUUGAGUUACUUAUUGGUUGGAUUCGUACUUUAUUUAAUUUCUUUUAUAAUUUCUAUUUUAAUUUCAAUAUGACUGAUAAGGCGGUACAAGAUGGUUCAACAGGGGACCAGCCCCAAGAGAAGACUGCAAAACAACUCGAGAAAGAAGCAAAAAAGGCUGCAAAAUUAGAAAAACUUAAAGCAAAGUUGGAUAAAAAGAGUGCUGCGCCAGCUGUGCAGAAAGAUAAACCAGAGAAAAAAGUAAAAGAAUUAAAAGAGGGUGCAGUGUACACAGCUGAAACUGCUCCGGGUGAUAAGAAGGAUAUUACAUGUUCAAUGCCUGAUGCAUACAGCCCGCGAUAUGUUGAGGCAGCCUGGUACUCUUGGUGGGAGAAGCAGGGCUUCUUCAAACCAGAAUAUGGACGCAAGUCUGUCCUUGAACCAAACCCGAAAGGAAAGUUUUCAAUGAUAAUUCCACCUCCUAAUGUAACCGGAACACUUCACCUUGGCCAUGCUCUCACCAAUGCUGUACAGGAUUCUCUCACACGGUGGCAUCGAAUGAACGGCAAGACGACACUGUGGAACCCAGGGUGUGACCAUGCUGGUAUAGCCACGCAAGUGGUGGUGGAAAAGAAAUUGUGGCGUGAGGAAAAGAAGACCAGACAUGAUAUUGGUAGAGAGGACUUUAUCAAGAAAAUCUGGGAGUGGAAGGAACAAAAAGGCGUGCGUAUCUACGAGCAGCUGCGAGCUCUCGGUUCGUCUUACGAUUGGUCCCGAGUCCGCUUCACAAUGGACCCGGCUAUGUGCAAACCGGUUUACGAAGCCUUCAUUCGUCUACAUGACUCUGGCGACAUCUACCGGGCCAAUAGACUAGUCAACUGGUCCUGCACGCUCAAGAGUGCGAUAUCAGACAUCGAAGUUGAUAAAGUUGAAUUAAAUGGAAGAACAUUGAUGAGUAUACCCGGAUACGAGUCGAAGGUAGAGUUUGGUGUGCUGGUGUACUUCGCGUACCGGACGACUGACGGUAAGGAUGAGAUAGUGGUCGCCACCACCCGUGUGGAGACCAUGCUCGCUGAUGCCGCCGUCGCCGUCAACCCCAAGGACGAGAGAUACAAGCACUUGGUGGGCAAGAAACUGAAGCAUCCAUUCAUUGACAGAGAGAUUCCAGUCAUCACAGAUGACUCUGUAGACCUGGAAUUCGGAACUGGUGCCGUAAAGAUCUCGCCGGCGCACGACCAGAAUGACUACGAGAUCGCGAAGCGCCACAACCUGCCCUUCAUCAACAUAUUCACUGAUGACGGCAACAUGGCGGCCAACUGUGGACAAUACUCAGGUUGGAAGCGUUACGACGUGCGUCGCAAGAUAGUGGAGGCCCUGUCCCAGCACGGGCUGUACAAGGAGACCAAGGAGCACGCCAUGGUGGUCCCGCUCUGCAGCCGCUCCAAGGAUGUCGUCGAACCCAUGCUCAAGCCGCAGUGGUACAUAAAAUGCGACAACAUGGCGGCUGAGGCCAUCAAAGCCGUAAAGACAGGCGAGUUGAAGAUCAUCCCGGACAUGUACGAGAAGACCUGGUACCACUGGAUGGAGACCAUCCGCGACUGGUGCAUCUCCCGGCAGCUGUGGUGGGGGCAUAGGAUACCUGCCUACAGAGUCACGUUACCUGGUGCUGCGAAUGACGAGGAGCUCUGGGUGUCAGCUCACACUGAAGCGGAGGCGUUGGAGAAAGCCGCGAAGAAGUUUAACGUUCCUGCUAAGGACAUUAAGCUAGCUCAGGAUGAAGACGUUCUCGACACCUGGUUCUCCGCCGGACUCUUCACUUUCUCCAUAUUCGGAUGGCCCGACCAAACUGAGGAUCUGCAGGCUUUCUACCCUGGAUCCCUUCUGGAGACCGGUCACGACAUCUUGUUCUUCUGGGUCGCUAGGAUGGUGUUCUUCGGACAACGUCUCCUUGGUAAACUGCCCUUCAAGGAAGUCUAUCUCCAUCCGAUGGUCCGCGACGCCCACGGCCGUAAGAUGUCCAAGUCUUUGGGUAAUGUCAUUGACCCAAUGGACGUGGUGUUCGGAGUGACCUUGGAACAGCUUCACAAACAACUGGAAGAGUCAAACCUCGACCCACGAGAAGUGGAGAAGGCCAAGCAAGGACAGAAACAGGACUAUCCUAAUGGUAUUCCGGAAUGUGGCACUGAUGCACUUAGGUUCGCUUUAUGCGCUAUGACACAAGGCCGGGACUUGAACUUGGACAUUCUUCGCGUACAGGGAUACCGUUUCUUCUGCAACAAGCUGUGGAACGCCACCAAGUUCGCGCUGCUAUACUUCCCCAAGGACACCGUGUAUGAGGUCCACACACCAUCGUUACCGAGCAAUCUAUCCGCGAUGGACAAGUGGAUGUUGUCCCGCAUUGCGUACGCCGUGAACAAAGUGAACGCCGGGUUCGAAGCGUACGACUUCCCGGCCGCCACCACGCAUUGCUACAAUCUAUGGCUAUACGACCUCUGUGAUGUUUAUUUGGAAUACCUAAAGCCAGUAUUCGCGUCUGGCUCUGAAGAAGCGCAGGCGGCGGCGCGCCGUACCCUGUACACCGCACUGGAGCUAGGCCUCAAACUGCUCAGCCCCUUCAUGCCGUUCCUCACUGAGGAGCUGUACCAACGACUGCCCAGGAAGGACACCAGCUGUCCUUCUAUCUGUGUGGCUAGCUAUCCUACUGACGCCGACACGCCCUGGAGGUCUGAAGAAUUAGAAUCUAACGUAGACACAGUACUCAAAAUGGUGCACUUAAUAAGGUCUACUCGUUCCGAAUAUAACUUGGCCAAUAAACAGAAGACCACGGCCCAUCUCAUCAUUGCCGAGGACCUGCCGGUGGAAACCCUGAAGGGACUAUUCAGGAGUCUGCAGUCCUUGGCGUAUAGUGAAUUGUCAGAUGAGGAGCCUCCUGUUGGAUGCUCUAUCCUCACCGUAUCCGAUAAGAUUGAAGUCCGUCUUGUAUUGAAGGGCCUCAUCGACCCGCAAAAAGAAAUCGUCAAGCUAGAAAAGAAGAAAGAUGCUCUGUCACAAACUAUAGCCAAGCUUCAACAAGCAAUGGCCGCCGAGGACUACACGACGAAGGUCCCAGCUGAAGUUCAGAAGAUCAACUCAGACAAACUAGCGCAAUCUCAGGGCGAGAUCGAAAGGCUACAAGCCGCUAUGGAGACCCUCAAACUCAUGUAGAUAGAACAAAUUUUCCAAAUCCAACCACUAAUUGUAAUGCAAUUACCAACCUUAUUCCAUUUGAAAUAAAUAAUUUAAGUUAUUUGAGCUGUAUGUGGUUGGUUACCGAUUAUUGUCGAACUGUUCUCUCAAUUAAUUUGUACAGAAAGUACUGAAUAAUUUAAUUGAUUUAUUAUAACAACCAAGUUGUUGAUUUGAAGUUUAGAAAGCUCAAAUUGCCUUGUUGGCUUAAAAGUCCAAUUGUAGUGCUACUUCAGGAUCGUCACUCCUAUGUUAUCUUUUUAUUUGAUGUACACGAAUAUGAUGCAGUGUUUUUUUAUACUUACAAUAUAAUGCAAUAAAGUACAUAACAAGCAAUUUAUUGAAUGCAUUUUCUACAUACAAGCAUUUUUUAAAUAGUCACAUUCACCAUAAAAUAGCGUCAGUGGUCUUCUACCUCUGUGAAUG